AGGCGGAAGGAGCGGCCCCGCCGCCCUCCGCUGCUCUCCGGCUGCCUGCAGCCGCCUGCCCCCGGCAGACAUUGGGGGCGCCGCCGGUCCCUCGCCGCCGCUAUGCUGGGCGUCGCGGAGCCCCUCAAAGGGGAAGGGUGAUUUGCUUCAUCCGGAGGUAGAAACCUAGCGGCUGGUCCCAUGGUUCAGCAGUCAGUCCCUCUGCUGUAGCCUAGAUCUCUAUCCACAAACAUGAGGUCAGCAUCAGAAGAGCCAGUCCCAUUACAUGAAGAAUUUAUCUACUGUUGCGGAGCUGCUACCCAUGUUUUAAAAUGUGGGCCAUGGAAAGACCUCUCGAAAGAUGAAAGUAAAAAUCUCCCUAGGCUCUUAUUCAUGAUUAUUCCUGGUAACCCUGGACUGGCAGGUUAUUACAGGACCUUUAUACAGGCCUUGUACUGUGGACUAAAUCAGCAGUACCCCGUCUGGGUUGUGAGUCAUGCCGGACAUUGUAAGCCUCCUAGUGGUAUGGAGAUGAUAGAAGACACAGAUAUUAAGGAACUGGAGGAUGUUUUUGGACUCAACGGACAAGUAGAACAUAAGCUGAACUUCAUCAAAAAUAACGUAUCAAAAGAUAUAAAGCUGGUACUGAUCGCUCAUUCUAUUGGUUGCUACAUCACACUGGAGAUGAUGAAGCGAGCAUCAGAACUUCAGGUUCUGCGCUCCGUGCUGCUGUUUCCCACCAUAGAGCGCAUGGCUCAGUCCCCGCAAGGCAAGCUGAUGACACCCCUGCUGUGCAAGCUGCGGUACAUCCUGUACAUGCCCGUCUACCUGCUCUCCUUCUUGCCGGAGGGAGUCAAAGCUUCCCUGGUGCGCUUUGCUCUGCGAGGGAUGAAAACCUGUGAUGAGUCCUCUAUAACAACCUCAGUAAAUCUCUUCAGCGUGGAUUGCAUUGCCAACAUCUUGUAUAUGGCAAGCCAAGAGAUGAUGAAGGUUGUGGAGAGAGACAGUACAACCAUAAAGCAAAAUUUAAAAAAGCUGAUUUUUUACUAUGGAACUGGAGACAGCUGGUGUCCACAGAACUACUACGAUGAGAUCAAAAUGGAUUUUCCAGACGGGGACAUUCGACUUUGUGAGAAAGGCCUCCGCCACGCCUUUGUGCUAGAUGCCAGCAAGGAGAUGGCUGCCAUGAUUACAGACUGGUUACGGGAUGAUCUGACGAAAUUAUAAGCACUGAUUCAAUGAUCAACAAGAAAACAAUACAAUUAUUUUGUGAAUGUGUGAUUUUUUGUGAGAGAGUCUGUCCUAUUUUUUGUUUGUUUAUUAUAGAUUAUGGCUUGUUUUCUAUUGAGAUGUUUUAGAGAAAGUUAAAGAGAGGCUGGCUGGUCCAAAGUAUAGUUUUCUCGAUUUAAUGGUGAUGUACCUUCAUCCUGUGUCUUCAGAGCUCUGCAGGACUUGGAAAAGUGUGGAAUAUUUAUUGUCUUCUAGCACUCUAGACAACACUGAUACUAGAUUAACUGACUACAAGUGUACUUGUGUUACUACCACCUCAAUUUCUUGCUGAGGAGCUGUCAAGGCCGUAUUUGGGGCAGCCCAGUUGGUCUGAUUUAGAAAGAAAUAUCAGGCUACUCUGUAUGGAUAAAAAUCCCCCUGUGGCAAUCAGUCAUGGCGUACUGUGAAAAGCGUGGGCCCUCUCCACCUGACUCAUCUGUCUGUGCAGCCCUGGCACAUGAGUAAUGGACACCAGAACUGCCCAAGGCCCCUAACAUCUCCUUCGGGUCUGGUGGGGCUGGUGGACAGUCCAAGGUCAGGCCAAGUUCAGGCUUUGUACAGGGGAGCUGUGAAGAUGAGGUGAAGAUGAGGUCCUCCAAGUAUCAGAAGGGGUUUAGAGUGCUCCCAAGACUCCACAAAGUAUUAAGCAUAACACAAGGUAGGUGAGGCUGCUCAGCUAGGGAACAUAUUUGAAGCCCUUGUUUCGUUUUUUUCAAUUGACUGUAGAGAGGGUAAAGGACCCUGGUCAGAAGUGCCAGUAUUACAAGGUGAAGUUGAUUGCAAAAUCCAUAUAUAACUACCUGUAAGUGCCCAAGCUCUCUGAGCUAUCAUUCUUCUAAUGAAGUUCCUGGGAACAGUGUUUGCUUAUCAGCUUUAAAGAAUUAAACCAGUUUUGAUGCUUGCCUGAAUUUCAGUUCUUUGCUCUAAGGACUGAAGUACGGCAUUUUCUGCCACGCCACAAAUUAGGUAAGUCUACCAUGAGAAAACAGCCAUUCUGCUGUGAUUGCACCCAUGGAAGUGCAUGAAGUGUUAGUAUUUAGAACGCAGUCCUGGCUGUAGCACAUUACUGAUAAGUGCACUGUGUCUUACAUUUUUUUCAUCCCUCUCCUUUACAGAUAGAAAAAAAAGAUGUCCUACCACUUGUGAUAAUACAAGAAAUUACAACCUAAAGCGAGAAAUGAAAACAAUGUGAGUAAGGGGAACAGAGCCAAGUGUAAUCAGGAAAAGCUUUCUAGCUGUGAACCUGUGAAAUAGACUCCCUGUGGAGUCCAUAGAGACGUUUAUAAAUAAAUAAAUAGAACACUACAGCAUAUAGUCACGGGAAGUCCUGCUCUAGCAAACAAAUGAAUUUAGAUGAUGCGUUAGGUAUCUAACUUACAAGAUUCAUUAGCAUAUUAAUGUGGUACUACUGAAAAUGGUGCUGGAGAACAUUUUCUGUGAUGCAGAAAGACUGAAUGAUUAGCUCCAUACUUACCUUACACGACUAUAUACACACCUUCCACUUCUCUCUAGAUCCCACUUAACUCUUUCACUAAUAUUUAAAGCAAUUUGUAGAAUUAAGUUUCUGGAUAUUUUAAACCAGUUUUCAAACCUGCAGCCAGACGGUGGAUUUAAGUGACCUUUUUUGCAUCGUGUGAACUGCUUUGUCUUUUGAGACAUCCGCUGGCUUUUCAGAUUACACUGCCACAAAAUGAAACAGAUACUGAUGCUUGAGGCAGAAAUGUUGAGACCCCUGUCACAACAGCAUGGGGAGGAGCCAGGUGUGCUCAAAGUGAAGGGUCCGUGCCAGUGCAACUGAUUCUGGUCAUUGGAGAGACCUGGAACCGACCUUCCUACAGGGCCAUAGUCAGCAAUGAUCAAAACACUUCUUGUGCUCACCUUGGAAAUCCACAGUUGUGCAUGUCUGUGUGUCUGUCCGUGUUCAACCAGCCCCCAGAUGUUGGCAUGGAGUCGUGUUGGAAGUCCUCGUGGCAGAUGCUGAACGCAUCUGUUGGCCUAGGUGCUCCCUGUGGCAGAAUGAGGGUGUGCGUGUCUGCAUAUGUGUGUGUAUGUAUAUAUAUAUAUCUAUAUCCAUAUUUAUACACACACAUAUGCACGUGUGUGUAUGUUAGUGACAUAGAGAAUACAGUUCACCUGGUUGUUUUGGUCUAUGCAUUGAUAUGAUUAGACAAAACAUUUGUUCUUUAUACGGAAUCACAUAAUUGAGCAAGGAAUCAGCUUGUAAACGUUGAGCGGUUGUGGUGGAUCUUCUGGGAACAGAAAAAAUCUUGCAUUAACCAAAGAUGACAAGCAGCUAUUAAAGCCUGGAAACUGAAGCACCUAUGAGAGGCAGUUGUUUACAGUGCAUUAUUCGUAUACUUUGUAUGAGAAAUUAAUUUAGCAAUACUUGUACUUGACUUGUGUAUUCCUUUUAUACGAAUGCUAAUCUGUUGUUAUAAAUCCUACUGACUGCAUUAAGACCUAAACUGAGAUUACUGCAGGAUAAUGCCUUACGAUUUUCUUAAAUGAAUUUUCUCUAAGAUUAUGGAAACCAUAGUGAUUCAAUUGCGUCCUUCCUCCUUGAAGCUCUUACCGUAAGGCUAAGAUCUGAAAAUUCGCUACUCUACUCAUUGCAUAAAAGCAUGGGUCUACUUUUCACAGCCGUAUUUCCUAAGAGCAGCGGAUCUCACACAAUGAGAAUCCAGCUCUUCUGAAGCCAGUGGUGUUCGCCAGGACCCCAGGCAAAGAGUGUAAAAAGUGCUUAUGGUCCAAAUGUGCCAACUCACCAUAAAAACACAGUGUAAUUUUGCCUAUUUUAGACUAUUUUAGAGUUCUUGGGAAGCCUAUCACGAAUGCAUUGACUGUAUGUGGUAGCAUCUAAUCUUUGUCAUUCACACUUGUGCUUAAUUGUCAGUCACCACGUGAGUAAACCUGCUAGCUACAAUGACUUUGACUCAUGUUCGUGUUUUGCUAGAUCAAUACCUUUUAUGACAAAGUACACAAAUCCAAUAACGAAAAUAAAGACAUUUGUUGUAAAAUG